AUGAACGGACUGCAAGUCGCUUAAUUUUGCAUGGCUUUUGAGCUUUCUUGAGAGAUUGCUUUAGCUAGAGAUGUCAUCGCUCUACGCAACAGCAUUUAGAGGUGAAAUAUGGAUUGUAAAACAGGACAAGCAAGCCAUCAAAGCUUCGGUAGUUGCGUUAGACAAGGAAAACAGACAGUUUACAAAACUGAAAGAAAGUCUGUUGAACAUUGAUAUUGUGGGUGGAGAUAUCAAAGUGCUUGCAUUCUCUUGUGUUGUGGAAGCAUCUACGGGUCUCAGGCAACCAUGCUUGGUAAUUGAACAGCACCUCUUCAAGAACAAUUCAAUUCUGCAUUUCUAUUUCUUUGUAAAUGAAAGAACACUUACCAAGGUGUCUUCCUUCUCCCACAACUCACGUUUUACUUAUACAAAUUUCAUGCUGUCUGACGGCCCAAGUCUUUCGUGGAUAAGCAAUGAUAAAAUUCACUUCUUAAGGCGGAGUUUCCAAUCUACAAGUCUUAUAUAUACAUCGCAUUUAUUCACUAAUAAUAUCACCAMAAACUUGACAUUGCUUUGGUCUGGUAACUCAAAAGGGCAAUUCUAYACUGUUUGUUGUUCUAAAGAAGACGUCAUAUUCGCUGAUGCUGAAAAUGGCUGKAAUUCAAGUCAGGGAAUAGUCCCAAGUUUGUAUUCAUCUAUUUUGGCUUGCCUGUGUAUUUAUGAUGCACUGAAUAUAGAUAAUCUAAAUGUAUUUUCAAACAAUGGUAGUUGUUAUAAACAAGAAGUUUAUGUUGGGACAACUAAGGGUCAGCUGAUCAAAUUUACUGGAGGGAAAUUUGUGUCACAUUGGCAGCUUCCUUUUGAUGACCCCUGCAAGAUUGAAAUAACCCAGACAGAUARCAGUGCAACCUGUGCCAUUGUGAAGUCUCAACAAAACGCAGUUUGUGUGAUUAAUCUAUCACAGAAUAAGGUUGUAAAUAAAUGGUCCAAUCAAGAACUUCUUUUAAUUGAUGACUUUUUGGAAAAUGGUACGAAACAGUURUGCUUGGUUCAAAAUAAUUCAAGUCUAGAAAACUUCAUGCAAGGCUAUCUACUUGCUACUCUUGAUGGGAAGACAAUAGGCCUGGRCCAGGAAUGUCCUACAGACAAAAUUUCAUUGAAUGCAAGCCAGUCAAGUAGUGAAUGCAUUUUAUCUACAAUUCAAGCUCUGAGAACACAAUUUCAGGAAAGUAAAUCUAAUUUAUCUGAGCUGAGAAUAGAAUACAAUAACAAGAUGCAGAUGAUUGACAAUACCUGCAAAAUAUUGCAUAAAACAGUAGGAAACAGUUCCCAGGGGAAAGUCAUUGAAGAAUACAAAAAGAGUUCUAACUUGGUUCAUUUGAUUGGAGAUGAAGCUAGUUCAGAAAAUUGGAACGAAGAAAUGCAAGAUAAUGGGCCUGUAUUGAAGCAACCUGAGAUCAGCCAUAAGAUUAUGGAAGUUUGGCAGAGAGUAAUUGGAAGCAAUUGGAUAAUUGGUGUUGAUUUAAAGGAUCUUGAUAAAAGGAAUGUGUCAGACAUUUCAUUAUCCCUAGUAAGUUGCUCCAAGGAGAACCAGACGUCAUCAUGCCAGACACUCUUUGCUUCUAACAACCCAAGGCUUGUAGCUGUCAAUCAUGGUGACGAGCACCUUACACCAUCUUCUAAAAGAAAGAAACUUGAACAUUCRUUUGACUCUUGUGUUGCCUUGGUAACCACCUUGCCRUCAUUYUCCAAAGGAAAKAAUAUUUCUGGWCAUGUGACAUUAUCAUGGACUGAUUGUCAUGACAACKURUCAAUGCGGCGAAUUAUUAGCUGUGGUUAUGUUCAYUUGGAUAUUGAUCAGCUUAUAAGGGGAGAUUUGGGAAUAUCGCAGGAAAAUGGUAGUGACCAKAGACAGAGAGAUUUGAAAGCUCUUAAAGCGAUUUCACUGGAGACUACAUUAUCAAUCAGCAAUCUACCCAGUCCAUUCAACAUGUUGGGUGCAUUGUGUAAAGAGUUGGACUUGRUUCCAAUCACGUGUAACGGUACAAAUGAAUCAGAAGAAAUACUACGGUCAGCUUCUAAAUGCACGGGCAUCAUUGAAGGGGUAGGGAUUGUUGUGGAUAGCGGAGGACUUGCACAGCAAACUGAGAUCCAGCUUUUUACGAGGAAUCUAGAGCAAGUUUAUGCUAUCAUCCACAAAAUACGUGACGCUUUACCUGACGAUGUCAUUAUUAAAACCAGUGAAAAGAUCAGAGCAAACGCUGAUUCYCACCUUUUAAGAAGCAUACACAAUGUACUUGUCUUAACAAAAGAGGAUACGAUGAGAGCCUUAUCAAAGAAGCAUCAUAUUCCAAUUCUAGACAUGACAGGCGCUGACUGUAGUGAUGUAAAGAUACGUAAUAUUCGCAAAGCUUUKGAAGAAAAGAGAACAACGUUUGUAUAAAGCAAACCAUGUCAUAAAGAUGGUUGUACAAGCAAAGAUUUGUUUCGAGUAAGUAAAGUAAAUAAAACUAUUGAACUGYGAUUUAUGUAAGGUUACAGGUUUUGAGUGGACGUCAAUCAAUGCAAAUUUACACCACCUAAGACUUUGAGGUUAAUAAUAAAAAUCUGAUAAAUUUCCACGGAUCAAGUGAGAUGGCUAAAGUGGUAAUGCACUUUUGAUGAGUUACAAGGAUAUCGCACCCUCGCAUUGCUUUAGACGAAUCGCAUACGAAAGUCCAUUUGUAUCCGCAACGUACCCGGAUGUGAUGAGAAUAAGUAGACAGAACAAGCGCAUUAAUGUCCAAAAAAGGGGGUACAAACUUAUUCGGCACAUAUCCGGUGAUACAUCGUAUAUGCAGAAAUUUCGCAAUCGGAGCGAGCGAAGACACCGAGCGUAUGGCGAAGACACCGAGCGUAUAGCGAAGACACCGAGCGUAUGGCGAAGACACCGAGCGUAUGGCGAAGACACCGAGCGUAUGGCGAAGACACCGAGCGUAUGGCGAGGACACAUUGACGAUAAUUGAAUUUGCGUUAAAACUACGAAUAAAAAAUCCUUUUUCAAGCGCUUUUUCCUCCCGUUCUGUUGAAUUACCAUGAUCGUGGAGGAAAAUAGUUGCUUAAGAUUGUGUAGACGCAUGCACGGCAUGAGACAAUGAACUAUACAAAUGUGCAUUCAUGCACAUGCAAUAUUGCACAUGCAAGUUCGC